ACAUAUCAAUUAAAAAUCACAUAAUACCGUGAUUCAUCGUGAUUAUUGCUUUUCAAGAUAGAAUAACAAAUUCGAGGAAUGAUACGUAGGCAGAAUAUUUUCGUGCCUCUAAUUACUCCAAAGCUUCAAUUAUUUCGCCUUAUAUACGUCGGCUGCGAUUGCUCGUGUUUGUCCCAAAUUUUCCCCGGCGAUUACAAUUUUCGAGCGCGAUAUAUCCUUGACGAGUGUAAUAACUCGAAAUUCGUCCCAUGAUUAGUAGUUUAUGUCGCUGCGGAAUGAGUAUGGUUAAUUAUAACCGCAAAUUAACGCGAUACGACGAUAUCAUACCGCGCGCAACGUAUACUCUCCGCGCUCGUUACACGCCCGUUAACGCUUCUCUGACGUACACAUACAAUAACGCGAAAUAUGACGAUUUGCCACUUUGGCUGCCGUACUCUCUGUGGCAACACUCAUUCGUGACUAACAAUCGAAGCGUCCGUCCCUUCGAACAGCCGAAAAUCCGGAGUGACGCAGUCGACAAUGACGUCGCGCCGCGACGCGACGCGCCAUCCGCGAAUCGGUAAUUAUCGUUACGCCGCGGUCUAGCAGCUAAUCGCCAUCACGCACCUUAAUUAAUGCCAAACUCAAUUCUACGCUGCGUUCGAUUACACCGCGUGCGAUAUAUCUUGAAUGAUUAAAUGCGUCGCUCGCUCGUUUGCUGCUCGUGUUUCGCGUAUGGUAAAAUUGUUACUCUCGAUGUGACUUUAAUCAACUCUGGAAAUGUUCGCGAGAGAUGGUACAUUACGAAAAGAAACACGCGCCCUGUGUAACCUGAGGUACCCACAGGGAGGAGCGACCGUGAUAUCGAUAAUUAGAGCGUGUGAUAGGAAUUAACGGUAGUUCGGAGCAAAUUGGGAGAGAUUAAGAGAGGAUAUCGAGGAGAUGUCGCGGUGCCAUGUUACGGAUGGUCCUUCCUGGUAACUCGUGAAUCACGCAUUACUUUCCUGUUCUGAACUAGUAUCUCAUGUUGCUCUCGUAAUCGGGCAUCGGGAGUUUCGAGCGACGAUCAAUGGCCGCUGCACCGUGAUGGAGCAAUUGCGAUACUCGCGCGGCAAUCGGCCGUCGCAUUCGUCGCCCCGUUUAUCGCGAGCCGAAAGUUCCAUCGCCGUUCACGCGCGCGUUAACGGAAACCGAAAAAUAACGAUCGUCGUUUCUCGGUUAUUUAUUCUCUCGAAGUGUAUUGCGCGCGUAUAAAUCAGUGUCGGAGUAUGAACCACCGCGUCGGCCGAUCGUGGGAUUAAUUAGUGCGCCGGUUCGUAAUUAGCCGCGUUUUCCCUUCAGUUUUCGGAUCGAAUUUACCCGCGAGUGUGUACGUGUGUGUGUGUGUGUAUGUGUAUGCGCGAGUAUAUCGAAUUACAACAUCGCCUGUGGAGCAAUAACGACGAUGUAUCGACCGAUGUUAAUAAUGCUGUGCGUGAGCAUCGUUUUCUUAAUUUGCGGUGCCACUCAUGGAAUCGUUCACCGUAAAUCAUAUCAUCCCCUUUUUCCCGAAUCCGCAGCAGCACAAUAUCACUGCAGCUUGGUAGCAGAUUAACUCCGUUCGUACCCAUAUCACACAUCGUGGCUCUGGUCGGAGAUUCCACCUAUCUUCCCUGCGACAUAUCAACCACUCACGAGGGAGACUCCGUGCAUCUUGUGCUCUGGUAUCGCGAGGAUCUCGGUACAUCAGUUUACAGCAUCGACGCCAGGAACCGGGAGUUCGGUGUCGCCGAAAGAUGGUCGGACGACAGCGUAUUCUCGCAUCGCGCCUAUUUCAUGCUGGACAAGCAACCGGCGCAGCUGGGCGUCGAGAACACGAGGGAAGAGGACGCCGGUAUCUACAGGUGUCGCGUCGAUUUUCAAAUCGGCCAGACGAGGAACUCCAAAGUCAAUUUAACAGUAAUCGUGCCGCCGCGCAAGAUCACGAUCGUCGACGAGCACGAGAACGGACGCGGCACGAUGGUCGGGCCGUAUGUGGAAGGCGACAAUCUACGACUUUUCUGCGAUGUCCGUGGCGGUAAGCCGGCGCCAAUGGUGUCCUGGUAUCGCAACGACAGAUUCGUCACCAAUCGGACCACGACGCCGAGCAGCGGCGUGACACGCAGCGAGAUCGUUAUACAGAACUUGAGCCGGGACGACGUUCACUCGGUGCUGACCUGCAACGCCACGAAUAACAAUAGGUCGCUUCCGCUUAGGUCGCUUCCGCUGUCGUCGUCGGUCAGCGUGGACAUGAAUUUCAGCCCGCUGGAGGUGAAAAUAAUUGACGGAAACCGACCGUUGUCGGCUGGCAAGAAGUACGACUUGGUCUGCACAACUUCUGGUUCCAGACCACCGGCCAGCGUCACCUGGUGGAGGAACGGUCAGCGCUUAGUGGAUUCCAAGGAGACCAUCUCCGUCGAUGGGAACACGACCACCAGCGUUUUAUCUUUCAUGGCGACGAAAGCAGACGCAGGCAGACACUUGUCGUGUCAAGCUGAAAAUCGAAUCAUGGGAACCGCGCCGAUAGAGGACGGCUGGGUACUCCAGAUACAAUACACGCCGGAGACGCAGAUCCAGCUCGGCACGUCGCUGAAUCCGAACACCAUACGGGAGGGCACGGACGUCUACUUCGACUGUCUCAUACAGGCCGAGCCGCCGGUGUACAAGGUGGAAUGGCGGCAUCAGGGCAAAGCACUCCAUCACAAUAUCACGCAGGGCAUCAUAAUCAGUAACCAGAGCCUGGUGCUGCAGGGAGUUGAUCGCAAAAGCGCCGGCAAUUACACGUGCGUGGGAUAUAACACCGAGGGCGAUGGCGAGAGCUCGCCCUUUUAUUUGAACGUGAUGUUCGCCCCGACGUGCAAGCCGAAUCAAACUAAGGUCCACGGCGUGGCGAAACAGGAGAAGGCGAAUAUAUCCUGCCAAGUGGAUGCAAAUCCGCCGGAAGUGCAAUUCAAGUGGACCUUCAAUAACUCCGCCGAGAGUAUCGACGUUGCGGCCGGCCAUAUCGCGCGAGCUGGCACAUCCUCCAUCGUCUCAUACACACCAAUGACGGAAUUAGAUUACGGCACGUUACUCUGCUGGGCCAGAAAUCACAUCGGGCAACAACAAGUGCCCUGUGUAUAUCACAUUAUACCAGCGGGCCGGCCAGACAUGGUUCACAAUUGCACGACCUCGAACACGUCGACCAAUUCGUUCUCCGUGCGAUGCACUGAGGGCUUCAACGGUGGCCUGCCGCAAUCCUUCCUGCUGGAGGUGCGCGAGAGCAACAGCCAGGACUUGCGUGCCAAUUUGACGUCGCCAGUACCACGCUUCAGCGUCACUCACUUGGAGUCCGGCGCCCUUUACCAGGCCUGUAUUUACGCCUACAACGACAAAGGCCGUAGCGAGGCGAUGGUGGUGCAGGCCGGCACUCUGCGCCUGCCCGAAAAACAACUGACGUCCGAGUCGGAACGACCAAGACAGCAUGACAAUCUGACACCGAUGCUGAGCGUAACAAUCGGCGUUGUGAUGGCCCUCAUUAUUGUCGCGGUCAUAGUGAUGGUCGUUUUGCGAGUCCAGCAUACGCACGUGGAGGAUCAGAACAAAUCGCAAAUGGAGGAUCACGCGAAGCAGACGAAGGCUGUCCCGAUUCAAAGGGAAUUACGGUUCCGAGAAGGAUGCAGUUUGCUCGCGGACGAGAAGCACCCUAGUAGCCCGUUCAGAAAGCUGGACACCAGCGGUGAUCUUAGCGAAAGCGAUGAGAAAAAUCCUGACAUUAUUCCGCAGCAGAUCACUGGUGACGAACCAUCGGAAUACUUGAGGAAGAGACGUCUGGUGUCAACGAUCGAGACGUCACCAUCGAGGAGCCUUCUGGAACACUCAACGGUGACUUCCAUCAGCGGACACAGCAGUUACGUUGGCUAUUGCACGAUUCGCAAUGGCAUGCCGCUACACGAAUUCUCCAAUUUGUCAACGAAGCACAAAAGCUUUCAGCCGAUGGUGAGCGAUGUCUACGAGAGCGGCGUUUGCACUCUGCCCAGGCAACACUGGCCCAGCCAGAGCGUUCAAUCGAUGUCAAUGACAAUGAGUCCGCCGAUGUUGUACGCCGGUCUAGGCGUCGUCGCCAGGACCUGUCCGAGUGGCACGCUGCCAACGAAGGACUGCGAGACACGGGUGCCCGGCCAGUGCUGUCCGGCGGUCCAGACGCAGAAGGAUGCGACGAUAGGCACGCCGGUGGUGAUGGCCAAGAGGGAGAGCUCCGUGUGACCCUACACCCACCACGGGGCCUGCACCUGCAGCGUGAGCGAGCUGCUGUGAAUCACGCCGUUGAUAGUCGCGAGAUAGCCGCGGAUCCCGGACGACACGAGCGUCUAGGAAACGUUUAGGAGACAUCUACAGAUCGUGCGAAAAUUAAAACGUCUUUUAGGAAAAGGCUGAAUGUAACUUCAAUUAAAACUCCGAAAGGCGUUUGGACAAUCGUUAUCUAGAUCUGAAAAUUUUAAGAUAUCUCCUCUGAGCGAUUCUCUAAUAGCGGGACGAUUUUUUUCAUUAAAUUGGAACGUCCCUCUCCGACGCCCGCGUCGUCCGGGACGCUUUGAGCACGCGAGCCGGUUCGAGUUUGACGGGUUUACGUUUUCAUUCCAUGACAAACGUAACGAUUUGCAUCUCUCUGUUGAAUCAAGUGCCCUUUUUACACCGAAGAACAGCAAACAUCCCGACCGGCUGCUGUGCCGGCUUCUCCCAUCUCGUGUGCGUAGCCUCGUGAUCGAGCCCCGGUGGAAACCACGACGGGCAACCUUGGUAUGGUAAGAAGAGAGUGAGUUUACGAAAAUGUGCGUGCGCGAGCUCGUCGCACAUACUCCUGUACAUACCUCGAGACACGGAAGAUAUUUUGUACGAGUCGCGUAUAUUAACGAUUUAUUCCCACUUUUACUAUGAACACAACACUGUACAAUUUGUCUAGUCGAUGUAAGUAUAAAUAUGUAUAUGCGUUAAAGUCGUCGGGGAGGCGCCAGACCAGAAUAACGUACACUGAGGGGGAUUGAUCAUCACCGUCGCGUCAUACCGCGUGCGCGGCGUAAUUAUUUAUAACGUUGACAACGCGUAACCGCGAAAUAGCGGGACUCUCGCGGGUACGGGAGAGAGAACGGGAGGCGAAGUUGUCAGAGACAUAUCGUUUGCAUCUCCAUCCGCGGGAAUCGAGUGCGAGACGAGGCGUACGAAGGACGGGGCGGAAUAAUGAAAUGAAAGAGGGAGAAAGAUGCAGGAGAAACAGAUGAAGAAAGAAAAAGAAUCCCCGUCACGCUUUCGUCUCAGUCUGCAGGAUUCUGGAUUUCACCGUAAUAUUAAGUAUCUCUUGUACAAUGUAUAAAGUAACGACUUCCUUCGAAGUAAAUGUACCGAGUAUGAUGAACGUUGUUUUUUCAAAGUCUUGAAUCUUACUCUAUAUAGGGAGAGAACGUCCCCGAUUUACGCCCUAAAAAAAAAAAAGUGUGGUACAGUAAUCGCGAUAGCACUUCUAACUUACUGCCUGUUUCGACGCUUGUGAAUCUCGUUGGUAACUUCGUUCGGCAGAGGUUUCCCGGCCUCUCUGUAUCAUAUAGCUUUAAAAUGAAAAAAAAAAAAGAAGAAGAGAAACGAAGGUUCGUCGAAGGGCGCCUCGUCAUAUCCUCCGUACGAUACAGGGAUCUAAUCUCGUCAUCGAGCGAUCCAAGUCGCGUUCUCCCGGCCACCGGGUCGCGAAAGGUAAGAUGAAAAUUGACCAUGUAGCCUUCCCUUUGAUAUCGAGCAGUCGAUUGCUGGGCGGUGCAUUUCAGCUGCAUUACGUGAGGCGACGCGCGUCAGAAGUGAUAACACCCCGUAUUUUGCUUCGAUCUGUACAGAUUGAUUUUCCGCGUAUGGGAUUCACGCUCCACGAGCACACGACGAUCCCAUCGCGACUGCAAAGACUCACGUGAGAGAUAAACUUUAUUAAACUUAAAUAAGAUCGACGUAUAUUUAAUCGUUCUAGAAAUCGAAUAAUUGAUCUACCGACGAAAUGACUUUAUAUUUUCUUUUUUCUUUUUUGUUAUAGUGAAUUCCAUGUUCUCUGAAGCAGCGGUCUACAUUAGAAAACUGGAACAGGAAUUCGAGACAGAGCUCUUUCAAGCGUAUUUAAAAGAGCGUAAAAGUUAACUUCUUUUUUUCAGAAAAUGACGUUGUUUCUUUCAAAUUUUAAUUAUUAAAUGUUAAAUGAUUUUGCAUGUGAAUUUCAUCUUCGAAUAGAGAGUCGCGAUUUCGAUGCGGCAUUGCCAUCAAACUUAAAAGUUUGACGCAGUACGAUAUUUGUCUAGAUCGGAACUCCGCGCAAAUUGACCAUAAAGGGAAUGUAGUUUGUGACUGUUUGCAGUCGCGUCGUCGUCGCAGUCUGUUAUACGUGUUUGCAAAUGAAUAUGCAGAGGAGACGGCCCUACACGAACGAAGCACGCGCGCUCGUUCCGUUUUCCGUUCGCCGAAGGAAACGACGAGCGGUUAUCGGGGAUACUUAGCGAAUUAUUCGAUGUGUAAGGAACGUAGAGAACGGCCACGCAGCCGAAGAUUUUACGAGCCGUAAAAAGCUAUCACGAGAAUUUCUAGGGCGAACACAUUGUUUCCUCGCUUAGACGUUACGUUAAUACGUCGCGUUCCCGUGAAGAUCUAUUAACAUUAAAAAAAAAAGAUGACAUAAAUCGUUGAUUAUUAUUAUUAUUAUUACUGCCAUUAAUGGAAUUGAUGUCGGAACAUUGUGAGUGUAUGUUGUCGAAGAGAAUUUUUAGUAAUCGUUGAAACGCAGCGCCGAAUACGCGCGUUCCUCCCCCCAUCCUCCUUCCCCUCCUACCCCUUGUUAUUAACUUUUGCACACAUAGAGAUUGUAGCUGUAUGCAGUAUAAAAGAACGUUGAAAACAAAGAGAUUCUGCGAUUCGACGACGGGGAAAUGUCACAUAGGAACGAGAAACGUACAAUAAAAAUUCUGGAUCCAAACUGCCAAAGUUUUCUAUAACUUUCGUUCGUACGUGUGAUCACUAUAUACGCGCACUAUACUACGAAAAAAAACCUUUUAAAUAAAUAACAACAGAUUUUUUUUAGAACAGAGAGUCAGGAUCGUCCGAGAAAAUAUAUUUAUUAACUCCACUUCAUCUGCACGGUUUUUAAUUAAAUUCAAAAAUAGAUCAAGGAAAAGAAAGAGAAAAGGUAGAUCAUCGUUUUUUUUUCGCUCCUUGCUGGGCGACAGUUUCCUGGGCACGUCUACUUUCCGCUGUUCGGGUGGUUCGAAACCUUUCGACUAUCGCACGCGUGGCGAGGCAUAAUAUCGCAAGGCGGUGGCCAGACAUUAUUAUCUGCAAAAUGAUGAAAUUAAACAAUAUUCGUUAGCUAGCACUGAAAAAGUAUGAAUGAUAUUUUUUCGAUUGCAUCGUGCAAUUGAUCUUCAGCGAAAACAUAAUAUUUCAACGUCGGUUGUGCUCAAGUUUCAUUGUAACUCAAGUAUCGAUCGAAAGCAAAACACGCCGAGGGAAUAUCGUUUUAUUCUUUUUUGUUUGUUAAUUAUUUUAAAGGUAAGAGCACAUCGCUGCACUGUUCCGUAUGCGUCACUGCCUGUAUAUCGUAAUAAUGAGACCGGAUCUGACCAGCCGCCGCUUGCGCGAGACGUUGAAGAGUUUGUAUAUGUAUUUAGUUUAGGACUAUUUCCGAUACACACGUACACACAUACAUGCAUACACGUACAUACGAGUCUCAUGUACCCCAGAACGUUUUUUUGAUAUUGUAAAUAUUCUGAAAUAAAUAAUCGUUUUUAUUCA